AUGUCUUACAUCGAUCAAAUCACAAAACAUCUCCCAUCUCUAUCAAAAGUACCUAUUCGUCUGCCACACAGCCAGCAAGAGCGCUUAGCUGUCGUACUAGGUACAACCGCCGUUGUCGGUACCUCACUCGUGCUCCCAGCUCUUUACCGCGACUAUGAAAUCUUUAUAUCAUAUGGACCAGGCGGCCCUCCGAGCAAUUUACUCGGCUGGGUCGUCGUGCGCACACUAUUUCAGCCAUUUAUGAGCGAAAUGCUUGACACUGAGGUUUACACUCAGCGGGUUGAUGCGCUUGAGGGACAUGGCGCUGGUGGGGAAGGGUACUUGAAUCUUACGCCAGAGCAAGCGAGGCCGAUCGCAGAUCGACCGAUAGUGGGACCGCAUGUUGCACCUCAGAGACAAUUAACACAAUUACCAGAGGACGAAAUUCGAGAUAAACUUGAUGCAGCAUUCAAGGCCUUCGGGUUUCGAAAUCACCAUCUAGUCAAAUGGUCACGCUCACUUCAAGAGGCACAUGCCGAUGCCCUCUUCCUCGCUGAUCACAUAGCCGCCUUUGGAAUUGCAAAGCAUACAAAUGGUGAAUUGGCACACAUACACAACGGUGGCGACCACUCAGCGCAUUUCUGUUUAUCACCUGCGGAUUGCAAGAAAGUCAUCGAGGCAGGCUGGGGUCAACGACACGGCUUUUCAGGUACAUCAGCCAUAACGUGGUUAAGUCUCGGAACGAGACCGGAUGUCCCGGUCGAAUACCUGCUCAUCUAUGCACCGCGGAAUGAUGCGGAAAUUGAUACUUUCAUGCAAAUCUUAGCGGCGAGUAUCAAAUUCACAACGGGACGAGAGGAUGUGCGGUAA